UCCUGGUUUUGCGGCUUACACUCCACCCUCCCUCUUCUCUCUCUCUGGCAGGCCUGCAUCUCUCUCGCUCUUUUCUGGUUUUUCCUCUGUGCUGGUUUUUCUGUUGCAGGUCUUCCAUCUCUGUCUCCCUGUCCUGGAUUUUCUGCUACAAGCCUCAGCCGUAGCUGAGGAAACUAAUAGUCUAAACAUUUAAACGUACAAAGAAAAAGAAAACUCUCCCGCACUUCUGGCGGGAAGUAACGGAAAAGAAUGCCGAAGGGAGAAGGCUGGGAACCGGAAGGAAUUCUCCGACGGUGCACCGACUCUUCCCCUGCCUACCUGACCACCUCCGAAAGCAGUUUCAGAGAGCUUGACGACGAGUUCUUGCAGGCGCAAACAAGAAUAUGGUUGGGCGAAUUGCUGCAUCUGAGGUUCGACGUGGAGACGUCUCUCCCCGAGUUGCUUUCUGACGGUGAUCUUUUGUUCCAGGUUUCUUGGGUGAUAUGGAAACUGCUGGUUGUAACGUACCCGGAGAUAAAGUAUUUGAAAGCAUAUAAAAAUGUUUUCCGACCUAUCGUGUAUGGGAAAAUUGGGAGCCGGUACUUGCCGUAUUCGAAUGUUGAUGCAUUUCUUAAGGUAUGCCAGAUUUUGGGUUUGACUGCUGUUGACCUUUUUACUCCAUCGGAUGUUGUGGAAAAAAGAGAUGUCCGUAGAGUUUGCAUGUGUAUUCGGGCUCUCUCAAAGAGAGCUGGAUGUAAGAGUUUAAAUGUUCCUGAUUUUGACAUGGUUACUUAUACGAUUGCAAUGCCAACAUAUGUUGUUGGUUGCAUCCGGAAAUAUUGGGAGCAAUCCCGCUGUAGCACUACUAUCUCCACCAGUAGCAGUUCAUCCACUAGCUCAAGAAGGUACCAGAAGAGAACAUCCGAUGCUAUACAUGCACAACAGGGUGAUUUAUCAUUAGAGGAUUCUGACGACACAGAGAUCAGUGUCAGAGCAUUUGAGUGUGAAAGUCCUUCGUCAGAUAUGUCAUAUGAGCCUAUAUCUCCCCUGGACCCGAAUGAGGAGAUUUCUGCAGUAACUACAUUAGAUGAUUUAAGUAGCUUUCUGGCACAAAACAUGGAUCUCUCAUCUGGCAAACAAAGUAAAGAAGAACAUGACUAUGACUCCUCCUGCUCUUUGGAUGUUUCUUCAACAGGCUCUGUAAGUGGGAAGAUCUGCCAUAAAUCUAGCACAUUUGAUGACACCCAAUACAGUGAAUAUGCUGAUGAUGCUGAUUCGUGUUGCUUGCAGAGUGGAUGUCGAAGCACUUGUUUAGACGUUACAGGAUUCCUAAAGAGUGACCCGGAAGAUAAGGCUCAUGUAACGUCUAGUAGUAGCUGCAUUGUACAGGAAAGUUCUGAUGAAACUUGCAGUUCAGCAAACUAUUCAGAGCCAUGUAGUAGUGAAGUCGUUCAGGACUUUACUGAUCAUGUUCACACAUUUCAUAAGCACCCAACUGUUGGACAAAAUCAUGUACAAGAACUCUUUAGUGAACCUGGGGAGCUUCAGGAUGUGGUGAUUUCUAAUGGCACAUCUUCAAUUAAGCAUAUGAUUAGCAGGUACAUGGCACUUGCACCUUCCAAAGAAACUAUCAUGAGAAAAAACACCAUUUCACAAGCUGAGCUCGAACUCAACUCAUUUGAAGAACCUUCAUCAACUUAUCCAACUGCCGAUAGUCAACUUUCUUUCGACAUCUUAGAGAAGGACGAGCCUAAAGGGGCUUCUUUAGCAACACCAGAAGAACCAACUGGGGGAGUAUCUGAGAAGCUAACAGAAGAUGUGUACCAUUCUUUGGUAAAAGAUGUCCAGGAUAUUAGAAAUACAAAUUGCACAUCCUUAUACUUUAUCGAUAUUAUUGGUGACAAGAAUCUUGAUGUUUCUGCUGUUGAUUCUUUGUCCAAUUCAGUGGAGGAAGACAUGACCGAGGAAAGUACAUUAGACAUUGAAAGUAACCUCCAGAUAAGAUCAUGGGACGUGAACAUUAAUAAUUGUUGUCAGGAUCCAUUGAGAAAAGCUGGCAGGCCUGUAAUCUGUUCAAGUGGAGAACAGGGAACAUCGAUAGAAGAGAAAGCAAAAACAGAGAUUGUUGUUUUUAAUUCUGUAGUGUUAGAGGAUUCUUUUCAUGUUACUGACAUCAAUAAGAUUGAAUCAUCAUUGAUGACAGAUUCUAACUUAAUUCCUGAAUGUAAAAAGAUUCAAGUGAAUUGUCCAUCAUCAUUUCUCAAGCCAGUGCCAGUGUUAGUUGGUGCAAGGAGCACGCUUGUGCUGGAAUCAAGUUGCAGCUCUUCUUUUUGCCAUCAGUCUGAUGGUGGCAAAGGUUGCUUUCCUACAUUGGAUUUCGGAGAGCUAGAAGCUAUGGCUGAGCUGGAUGGUCUACAAUUAGAUCACCUAAUGGGGAAUGAUAACUGCUCAAAGUGCACAUCUCAAUCAGAAAUUGCUACUGUAAAAGCUGAAGAGUUCCAUAACCAGCACAAAGUAGAUACAGAACAAUUGCCAGAAAUCAGAAAGAGUAAGAACGACAAGGAUAUAAGUUGUCUGGGCAUGGAAGAGGGAUCUGAAAAUCAUGAGAUGCUGAGUGUUGAAAUACACAGAUCAGGAUCUGAAAGAAAUGCAGAAGAUGCAGCAAAGUGCAGGCCAAGUAGGAAGAAGCAUCUGAUAACGGUUGCUGGUGGGGUGAUGUUUGUUGGCGCUUUUAUGUUUCUAUUUCAGCUUGGGAGAAAAAGAACCAGUUGGUACAGGACUUGUAAUAAGUUACGUGGAGCUUCCCAAACGGCCAAGCCAAGCUGGAUGCAUUCAAUUAAACACAGCCUGGUAAACAACAAAGAUGAUUUUGUUUCUCCUGACAGCAGGCUGACGUUGACUGAUUGAUGAUGCAAACUGAGAGAUGUUUAAGCUCUAAAUCAUCCUUGCUGCUAAUUGGGCUAAUUUUUGGCAGCUAAUGUGGAGCUUGGGGCUGAAUUUCUAUUAAGAUGACACCAUCAACCCAAUUGCAAUAGCUGUCUUACCAGGUGAGAAAAUGCCUUAGAACGGGAAUGUGAUCUAGUGAUCUUCUAGCAGCUGUUUCAUAAUAGAUGGUUACUGCAGUUUCAUUUUUGUUUUCAUUUCCAGUUUGUUUAGAUAAACAAAGAAUGCAGUGCGCCUUUCUGCACAAUGCUUUACUUCAUAUGAAGGAAAAAACACAAGGUUUUUGAUACGUUGGCUCCCAAGGUUUUCAGGCUACUGCCAAUUUUUUUUCUCAUUUUAAAAGGAAAAAUAAAAACGUAGGACUGUUUUUGGAUGAUUUUACUUGGCCGUCUGCACCAGUAGGUUAACUACUGGGAGCUAUAGGUUAAAUCCCUGUGGCGUUUGAUGAUUUUACAUGAGUGAGGGUUUUUGAACUUGUUGAGUUACUCCUCUUAGCCUCUAAAUCCCUUUCUCCAGUCACCAGUUCAUAUUGAAGGCUUCAUUUUCUUAGGACAUUCUUUACUCCUGUGCAAGAUGAAGAUUCACGUGCGUGCUGUCUGAUGUUUCAGCAUCAGGAGCUUCGUUUGUAUGUUGGGAAAUGAAUGCGCUUCAACCAAUUAGUAUCAAACAUGAAGUAUUUCAUGUUCCUGGGUUCUGGACAACCAAUGAGGAACUUUAAUCAUGUACAGAUUGCUCUCCCUAGUACUUCUUCUUCCAUUAGUGCCAGUUUCUUCGCCCUUAUUUUCAUGUCUUCGUAAAGAUUUUUUUUUUUUGUUUUUCAAAAGCAAAAUACGAGCAACUUCAAAUUUUAACAUAAGAAGUCCAUUUGGUUCCCGAACGUCAAAAUCUUUCGACAGUGCCCAUGCUUUAAUACUGUGAGAUUUUUUAUUUGAAUUCGAAUUUGUUAUAUUGUCGUUUAUUUUUUAAUCUGUCAUUGUCUGGAUAAAUAAGCUAGUAGUAAGUCGAAAUUUGUGUUGUUAGGUGGAAGAUUUGUCCCACAAUUCACCUCUUUGGUCAGAUUCGGACAUUUAUUUCUUAGAGUGCCUUUCAGUAGAUAGAUCCAAGCAAUUUAAAUUUUCCCCUCUAUUUUCUAAAAUGUUACAACUCGUUUGGCAUGAAAUGCGUGAAUGUUACCUGUAGCUGAUGUUGCAUUGACGCUGCGAAAAGCACUUUUCAGUCCAAGUUGUAAGCCUAAUGAUGGCAUGCUCCUUAAUGUUUUUUGAGGAUUUAGACUUGAGGUGAGCUGGCAAUGCCUGUGAACGUUUCUUAAAUGUUUGACAGAUGGCAUACACUGUUAUUCAUCAUAUUUAUUUAGAUUAUACUUUUGACAGAAUCAAAAGCACCUGAGUUAUCUUUUUGUUUGCAGAUAAGAUCCAGUAAUGCGGUAAAGAAAACUAACCAUUUAUCAAUGCUACUGGCAUCUUAUAUUGGAACUUGCAGAUUCUGAAACUUAGAUAAUGAAACGAAAAUUGAACUUGAGACGCUUGGAUGCGAGUUAGUUCUCUGAGUCUUCAAUGCAAUGCUAUCCAGGACUGCGCCUGCAGGGCUCGGUCUUCAGCUGAUAACACAUGAUAUGGCUCUGCUAUCAACAUCCAAAACAAAUUAUCUGCUGGUGAGCUGUGAGAGCCAGAUCCUUGCCAAGGCGAUGCUUGCUGAAGCAAGAAGUAAAAGGCAUUCCUAAGAUCAAAUGUGGCUUUUCAAAGCGAUUUUUCUCCAUGGCAAGUUUUUCAAACGCCGGCUGCUGCAGCGGAGUAGUCAUUGCACAAAUGAUUUUCGCUAGACUAAGUGUAACUAGGCAAUAUGAGAUCCUGGUCGGAGCAUCAUGUUUGUAAGGAGCACAGGAAAAAUUGAGAACAAUUUUACAAAAUCGUUGCACUCCAACUUCAUGUAUUUUAGUUAUGUUGUGAUUUCGGGAUGAAUAGCUAUAGUUUCUAUUCAUGGCUUUGUAUGUUAAGUAGGUGAUAUGAUUAGUACGUACCAGCUUUGCCUGGC